CUCAUCAUGUGUGGCGCGUUUUAGUCCUAAACAAGUUAAACACUUGAAAGAAUAUUUUCGCGUUUGUAUUUAAUCCUGUUAUUUGCUUCAUCUGAUCUGAUCCUCAAACAAAGCCAAACGGCUGCUGGUAAUCCGGUUAUGGGCUGUCCGUCCGCCGUCAUGAGGCGGUCUGAAGGAGUCAAAUUCCUGAACACGUAGGAGCUCCUCAGGACGCAUGACGCACGGACGCACAGCUAACGGAUUCCCGAUCACUGAUCGAUGGACUUAUUUACUCUGUCUCUCUUACCCGAACACACUAUAAUUUGAAGUUUUGAAUUGUUUUAUUUGGGUUUGAAGAACUUCAGAUGAGGAUUAUCCAGAUUUUUUUUCUUCUAUCCAACCAUCUGUUGACGCGCCGCUCCACGAUCGAGCUCCUUCCAGAGGAUAAAGUUCGUCCUCUGACCUGAUGUUCAGCGACAGGACGGUGUUUUGAAGCUGAAGCCGCGUUCAUGUGUCUCACUGGAAUAAAGGAAAACAAACACAAGUUCACGCUCCAUAACGGAAAUGAGAUCAGGCAUUUUUUCCCCGCUGCGCUUUUUCUGAAACAUGGUCGCUGCGCGCGCGCAGGGAUCCGACACCGAAACACCACCGACGAUCCACGACCGGCGGCAUGUUUGCGGGACUGAUGGGGCUGGAAACCCGCAGCAACUCCGCGCUCCACCGAUGCGAAGCCACAGGAGGUGGCAAAGCGUUGGCGACAGCUGGCAGCUCUGGGCGAAGGAGGCAUCACCGAAGGCCAGGGUACAUGAGAGGAGAGCAGUGCAGGCUGCUGAGCUCUGCUCAUGCUCAGGAGGAAGAGGAGGAGGAAGAGGAGAUAACCACCUGCUUUAGGAAUGGAAACUGUGGAUGCAGCACCAACGUCAGCGAUGCAUCUCCUGCUGCCAAAGUGCCCUUAAUGGUUAAUAAACCAACAUGUUCGAGGAGUGAGGGCGACCAUCCCGCUUCAGGAACAUCCAACCAUCUGUCCUCAGAGCCUCAUGAUGAGCUCAGCUUGAGUCUGAGGCCGGCUCUCCAGCCAGCAGCAGACGACUCUUUUAAGUCCAGUUUUAGUUUCAUUCAGCAAUCGCUCAGCUCCAGUCAGAGGAUUGAUUCUUCAACUGCACCACUACAGGAACCAGAACCACUAAAGUCCCCUACCAAAGCCCCCGAAGGACCACAAAACAAACCUGACACUUUCUCAGUCCAGCAGAACUUCUCAAAGCUCUCCCUUCCUGUCCACUCCUCGCCUCCUUCAACCUGUCACGCUCAGAAGGAGGACCUGCCUUUAGGGGGGAGGCUUUGGCGGGAAAGUCGGUGUUUAGGUAAAGAGGAGACCUCCCACCUCCUCGACUGCGAGUCCCGGUCUCUGGACGUAGAGGUCACCUCCUCGCUGUCGGUGGAUUCGGACACAGCCUCAGCCUCCUCUUUCACCUCCGGUUACGAGAGUGCCACGCCGGGCUCGGAGCCGGGCUGGGACAGCGUGGUGAAGAAGUACGAGGGGGUGCUGCAGGCCUGCCUCCAAAACAACCGCGCUCACACAAAGAUUGAGUCCAUGAUGUUGAAGCUGCAGAGACUCCAGCAGAAAGCCAUCCUGGACGACGACUACGAUGCAGCGGAGCGGUUUGGGAAAAAGCUGGAGGAGCUGUGCAGUGAGCGUGGAGCUCUGGAGCUUGGUUUACCCUCCAGACAACCCAGUGUGUCCGUGUUCCUGGAGAGGCUCAGACAGGUGGUUCACGGCGCCCUCCAGAGGACAGACUGUGGACAGAGCAGGGAGGAGCCUAAAGUUGGGGAGGAGUCAGACCUUCAACAGAGUUCAAUGCAGCGCAGAGACCGACUUAUUCAGGAGAAACGACAGGUAGAGGUGGAAAUGGCGGAACUGCAGCAGAAGCUGGAGGAACUGAAGGACAGGAGGCGGUGUCUGGAGCAGCAGAUCCAGCAGGAGGAGCAGCAGGCGGAGGACGAGGAGCUGCAGGGCUGCGUGCUGAGGAGCUGCACGCUGCCCCAGCUCCGAGACAUGAGCAGAACGCUGCAGGACCUCGUCACGUCAGAAAACCGCACGCAGAUCUCCCUCUCCACGCCAGCCUCCACCCUCAGGCUCCAGGAGCAGGAAGAAGCUCUGAAUCUGUCCAUCAAGGAAGCCACCGCUAAAGUGGUCAUGAGUCAGAGGCUGGGCAGCAGCUUGAGGAGGAAAGUCAGUGAGACUGAAACGCAGCUUCUGGCGCUGCAUGAAGCCAAACUGGCUGCUAUCUCUGGUAAUGACUUCAGUGGUGCCAAGGAGUUAAAGGAGGCCAUGAAGGCGGUGUACGUGGAGCGCGACCGGCUGGAGGCUCUGGCCAAAAGGCUGCACAGUCUCAGUUCUGGGAGCAGCCAGGAACUGGCCCGAAUGAAGGAGCAGCGGCAGCAGCUCAAGCAGGAGCUGGAGCAGAGGGAGGCGCAGCACGAGGAGCGACUAAAAGAGAACACAAGCAAGUACAUGGAGCUGCUGGAGGACAGACUGCACAGUUGUGGUUGUUCCGGCUUGGAGAGGAUCUGGGAGGCUGACCUGGAAGCAUGUCACCUGUUCCUGCGUGGUCUGCAGCUGCGGACUUCCAGCUGCAGUGGUGCAGACGUGGAGGACGUUCCCGCUGAAGUUUAUUCCCCAACUAAUGCCUGCAGCAAAGAGGAGGAGGAGGACUGCGCCAUGCUGACCGCUUUAGGAGGACGAUGGUGCCCCGAAGCCGACUUACAGAACUCAGAGUUCACCAAGAAGCUGGAGGAGUUUUUGUUCUGCAUGGAGGAAAAUCAUCCGGAGGAGGUGUGCCUUGCGGUCGAGGCAGCAGACCUGACGGACCAUUGUGAGCUGAUCAGCGACAGACUCGUGGUCUUAGAAGAUGAAUUGCAAACAGCUUUACUGAACCGGGAUCAAGCCCUCACUCAGUCUUUGGAGAAGGAAGUUCAGGAGGUAAAAUCCACUUUACAGAGCAUGCUCGCACAGCUCAAGGUGGAGGAAGAGGAGGAAGGAGACGAGAAUGAGUCGGAGGACCUGCUAGAAAAUGUGACAGAGAAGGAAGAAGAGGAGGAAGAGGAGGAG